AUGGCCAUGGACUUCACCGUCGCUUGGUCCACGUCUCUAGAGAGUUGGCUCUUUUAUGUCGGUUGUAUCGACGGCCCCAACGGCCCCAACGGAUUCAACGGCUUCAACAGCUUCGACGGCUUCGACGGCUUCAACGCCACGUUGCUCAUGUCGUCAAUCGUAUGGAAGAAGGAUGCGAAUGCAGAACACGCAUUGAAUCGGAGAAUUCAGACAUUGAAAUGGUCAACGCGGACGCCAAUUGACUGGUACAUCCUGCCUUUGAGGCGCGACUACUCCGUUUUAUCCACACCAUCAAUUGAUGGCGGUUAA